AUGCCUUCCACUCGCCAAAUCCUUGCCACGCUGGCCGCUGCCGCCUUCACCUCAUCGGUUGAAGCAGCCAUGGGACCGGCUUUCAGCACUGGGCCAGUCGGUAGUGGAUCUUGGAUUCGUGAGGCAUCUUCCACACUCGUUCUGCCCAAGGCCCCCACCACGCAGCUUGGCGACUCUAGUCUCUGGGUUGGAAUGGGAACCUCGAAUGGCGACCUGAUUCAGUCCAUCGCCGACAUGGACUCGAACGCGUGGAGCGUGUACGGAUAUACGCUUGUGAGCACCUCGGACACAACACAGAUGCCCGUUCAGACUGAGCCUACGACGGCUAAGGAGGGUGACAAGAUCACCAUGCACUACAAGUUCGAUGACAAGAGCGGCAACUACACCCAAUACGUUCUCGUCAACAACAAGCAAGUCGCCACUCUCUCAACCAGCGAUGGCCACGCUAUGGGAUGGGGGAGCGCCGUUGAAUGCGCCGCUGACGACUGCGGUACCAUGCUUGCCCACAAGUGGAUUAACACUACCAUCAUUCUCAACACUGCGGAUCCGAACUAUGUCCAGACCAUGGGCAAGGGCGAGGGUGUCACUGGCGAAAUGUCGACGAGCGAUGGUGGAAUCACAUGGAAGGUGACCGACAUCAACAUUCCUCAAUUCUCCUUUGGCUCUAUGGCGCAAGAAAUCUUCAGGAAAAGUCUUCUGACUCGUUUGCGAUGGGAUGUUUUCGGUGAACUCGACGACAUUACGGUAGAAAGCGGUAUAUCGACGGACGAAGGACCAACCCUGGAGCCCCUCCAGGGACACCCCAUUGCGGAGGAAGACGUGAUGAAUGCUACUGUACCUCGAAUCGAAAUCACGAUCUCAGUGCUCAACUGGAAGAGAGUACAUGAUGAAAAUGAAGAAGAAUUCCGCUAUCAGCCCCCGCCACCAUUGAUCCUAGAAGAGAAUGAACGCUUUGGACCUAUCAAGUUAGGAGAAUUCGUGACCAAAGUCCACACCUACCUCAGACAGCACAAGAAAGCGAUCGUUGAGGCGAUAAGCGACGAGCUCUUAGACGGGGAAAUUGAUUUAAAAGAAGGUUGGAAAGAGGUAGAAGUAGGGACAGAAGAUGAUGCUCAUAUCGCGGAGAGAGCCCGGUACAUUUUCCACGGCGUCGACGAAUCGCCGCGCUUCUAUCCCGACUUAUCUAGACUCUCUGUCAAUAUCUGGGCGGAUGGAGAGGAUGACAUGACGACUGAAGAAUAUUGGCAAAACCGAUGAAUUGUAUCAUUACUGUGCCUGCAAGCACGUCAAGACUAAGUUUAACUCUUAC